CAUCAAAGUUGUUACUUGAUCGAUCACGUGAUGUAAGCAGCGUUGAGUUAAUUUUUUUCAAAUCAAAAUCAAAAAAAUUCUGAAUUUUCAAAAAACUUGUCAAAAUUCAUUAAAUCAUGGCUCAUCAUCAUCAUCAUCAACAUCAAUCAUAUGAUAGUUUUCUUACAAAUUAUCAACAUCGUCUUAAAAGUGAUAUCAAUACUAUUGCCGAAAAUUUUGCCGAAAUAUUUCGUACAGUUCGUAUUGAUGAUAAAAUACAAUAUUCCAAAUUAGAUGAAUUAUCAUUCGAAGUUAAUAUACGUGCAGCGAAUUUUAUUCGUGCUUGUGAAUCAUUAUUAAAAUUAAUUUGGGAAAUUAAACAAUAUCAAACUAUUAAUGAUUUUCCAUUGAUUAAUGAAUCGAUUACGAAAAAAACUGAACAAAAUGUUCGUAAAUCAAAAGAAAUUGAUCAAACAUUGGUUGCAUUACGUGAUGAAAUGACCAGUGAAUUAUAUGAUCUUGAAGAUGAAUAUUAUAAUUCAUAUAUUAAAUAUACUAUCUAA